UAUUUAUUUAGCGCGGUUUUUAAAGAAAACUUGAAGUUAAUUAAAUUAAACUAAAUAAGCAUCUAUAGAUAGAUAAAGAUAGAUAAUUAAUUAAUUAAAAUGGACUAAAGCCAACAAAGUAAUUAAAUGGACUACGAGUAUUAAUACUCGUAAAUUACUCUAAUACCUGAUAGGACAGAGCAACUGCUAUAAAAGUAUUUAUACAAUUCAUAGCAGGAUGAUUAAAAAACAAAAUAGAUUGCACAGACACCUAACAUAGGCAAAGGUUAAAAUGAAAAUAAACCAAAUUUAGCAACUAAAUAGACGAAAAGAUAGUAAAGUGACAAUUCUUAACUUUCUUCUCAGCUACCUCAGGAUUUUUCAAAUUUCAAUGAGUCUCUUUAAAAUAAAAAAAGCAAGGAGAUAUAAAGUUAAAUGAGCUAAGACUCAUAAGCAACAGUUAAUUUAAAGUAGAGUAGACCUCUAAAUGAAUAAUAAUAAUAAACAUGGUAGCUAGGGGAUAUAGUUUUCACAAGAGAUGAUAUCAAAGGCUGCUUCUCUGAUAAAUAAAUUUUUAAUUAAGCUAACAUUUUUACACGUAAACAUUUGAAUGAUUUAUUUGAAGAUUCAGAUGAUGAAGUUUAAGAAGAAGGACUGGUAACUCAAAUACAUAAGAGAAAUAUGUAAGAUGUUUAUGACAUGACUCCAAAAGAUAAAAAAUUUACUUUCUUAUGGAAUGAAUUCUUUAUUAAACUAGAAAAAUAAAAAAUAAAAGAAAAAAUCCCUAUUAAAAGAUCUGAUAUGUACGGAUAUAUACAACAAUUUAUGGAUGAAAAUAUACAAGAACUAAUUAAUCUUCAUCCUUAAUUCGUAAUUCAUCUUUUUACUAUGUAAGACAAUGGAAUUCUAGAUUCAGAGCAAAUAGCUAGAUGUCUUAAAUAUUUAAAAGACUACCCAGCUCAAUAGGUUUCCUUCAUGCAAUCAUAAUGA